AUGUUUGCAGGAAGCAGAUAUCGCGUAUUUUAUGACUUCGGUUUCGUCUCACUUGACAUAAGCACGAUGCGCGCAGAAGAUUCGGGAGUUUACACUUGUUGGGUUCGAAAUUCCCUAGGUGAAGCGUACUCACAAGCGCAGGUUAAUUGUACAGCCAAAUCAGCCAUUCUUUCGGCCACUUGUCAUCCGGCUAGCGUAGACCGCAUCGUUCAGCUGGAAACACCGAAAGUUCAAGCGGAGGCCAAGGAAGAAGUUAUCUUGGACGCUCCAAAAUUUGUCAAACUUUUGCCGACCGAAGUUCAGGUGAAAGAAGGUCAAACUGUUCAUUUCGAAUGUCAACUGAUUCCCGCCGAUGACCCGAACCUUAAAGUCGUCUGGCUCUUCAACAAUCGCCAGUUAGAAAGUGCUUCGAGAAUUCAGAUCGCGAACGACUUUGGAUUCGUAUCUAUGAACAUGCUUUACGUCUACCCCGAGGACUCCGGCGUCUACACGUGUUUAGCACGUAAUAAAAACGGCGAAGCGUCCUGCAGUUGUACGCUGUUCUGUGCCAGCCGAAGUAGUAUGCAGCUGGACAGCUACCACCCGGACUCGUUGAAGCGGAUCGAAGAAUUGGAACGGCCGUUGCCUAAACCAGAAGUGCCAGAGGAGCUGUGCGUACAGAAGCCGUCAUUUACGGCUCUGUUGCCCAGUGGCUUUGACAACUUGAUCGAAGGACAAACGUUACACCUGGAAUGCCAGGUGGAGCCUAUGGGUGAUCCAAAACUACGCAUCGAGUGGCUGUUCAAUGACCAACCGCUGCCUGCCAGUCAUCGCCUUCGAAUGGUUCACGAACUGGGCUACGUUGCGCUGGAAAUCCUGUACGUCUAUCCGGAAGAUUCUGGCAAAUACACGUGCCGUGCUAUCAACGACAACGGCGUGUGCGAAACCGUUUCAUAUCUGAAGUGCUACGGACGACACCACAUCAUUACCGAAUCGCACCAGCCCGAAAGCUGGCGCAAGAUCAAGCUGAUGGAGGAAUCGCAGCCGGCGGUGUCUAAAGAAGUUGAGGUACCAAUGGGCAAACCGAGCUUUGUCCAAGAACUGACCGGGCCCACAAGUCUAAAGGAAGGCCAGUCGGUACAUAUGCAUUGUCAGGUUGAGCCGUCCAAUGAUCCAAAGCUGAAAAUCUCAUGGCUCUUUAAUGGAAUACCUCUGAAAGAGGGUUCAAGGUUCAGAACGAUGUGUGAUUUCGGAUGCGUGUCACUCGAAGUGCUGUACGUUUAUCCGGAGGACACCGGCACGUACACCUGCGUUGCCCGUAACGAACAGGGCGAAGUGCACAGCUCACUCGCUAUCGAAUGCAGACCUCUGAGGUCUCUCUAUCUCGAGUCUCAGCACCAGGAUAGCUGGCAGCAAAUACAGCAGAUCGAGGCGCCUCCUGAACCCCGACCUCCUUCGCCCGAACGACAGUUCCAACCUCCCGCUUUUACGCAACCACUGGUUAGUGUUGAGAACUUGAAGGAAGGUGACAACGUCCGACUUGAGUGCCGUUUGGAACCGGCCGAUGAUCCGAGCAUGAAGAUCGUCUGGACACGUAACGGUCAACCAAUUCCUCAAGGCAGUCGCUUCCGGCCUACACACGACUUUAAUUACGUUGCAUUGGAAAUUUUGACGAUCUACGCCGACGACUCGGGUGUGUACUCGUGCAAGGCUACCAGCGCCUUUGGCAGUGCGGUGACAUCGUGCACAAUUAAGUGUCAAGCGUCAAGCAGCCUUCUUCUUGAAACUCAGCAUGAAGACAGCUGGCAGAAAAUACAAGAGAUCGAGAUGAAGCCAGUAAGAGAGGAGAUAGUCGAAGAGGUAGUGUUCAACCGUCCCACGUUUGUGAUUCCGCUCAAAGAAUAUCCUCCUGUAAUGGAGGGCGCUUCCAUUCAUCUGGAAUGCCAGGCAGAACCGCAGAACGACCCUAAUAUGGUCAUAGAAUGGUAUCACAAUAAUCGGCUGCUGGCCAGUGGCCAUCGUUUCCGCGCCGUUCAUGACUUUGGGUACAUCUCGUUGGACAUACUCUACUGCUUCCCGGAGGACAGUGGACAAUGGUCCUGCAAAGCACGGAACAAGGCUGGCGUUGCGGAGACGUCGGUGCAGUUACAGAUAGCCAGCAAGAGUAGCAUUAUACUUGACCCGAAUCAUCCAAGCAGCUGGCAAAAAAUCCAAGAGAUCGAGGCUCCCAAAGCGCCGGCUCCGGCCCCAUCCGAAGUAGCUUACGGCGCCCCGACGUUCACACAGCAGCUUGAGAACGUCGAACGGCACGAGGGCAUGCCCGUUCAUUUCGAAUGUCGUUUGACGCCGGUGAACGACGCCAGACUCAGAGUCGAAUGGCUGUACAACGACAAACCGCUGAGGAUGAGCAACAGGAUGAAAAUGACUUUCGACUUUGGCUAUGCUGCGUUAGACAUCGCUUACGCAAACGCCGAAGAUUCUGGCACCUACAAAUGUCGUGCUAUCAGCCCUCAAGGCAAAGCUGAAACCUCCGCCACAUUGGUCGUUGCAGGAAAGACGGACUUGUUGCUGGACACGCAGCACCCAGAAAGUUGGGCUAAAAUAAGAGAAAUCGAGAGCCGGCGACCGGAAGAGAAGAUGGAGGUAGUCGAACAGCCGGUGCAGCCGAAGUUCAUCGAACAGCUCAGUUCGUGCCCGGACAUCAUCGAGGGACAACCCGCCCACUUCGAAGCACUGUUAGAACCGUUCAACGAUAGUAGCCUGAAAGUACUGUGGCUGCACAACAACAAACCUAUUCAAGCCAGCAGUCGGAUUGUUUAUCGCUACGAUUUCGGUAUCGUCACGUUGGAUAUUCUUUACUGCUUCCCAGAGGACUCUGGUGAAUACGUUUGCCGAGCUACGAACAAGCUUGGCACAGCCUCGAGCUCCGCAACCCUCCAGUGCGCAGCGCGUUCUUCGAUCUACCGCGACACGUUGCACCAAGAAAGCCUGAGGAAGAUUGAGAUGAUCGAGGCACCGCGGGAGGCGCCUCCUGCGGUCGAAAUGCCCACCUUCCAGAAACCUGUUUUUACUCAGUCAUUGCAAAACAUCGACUCGUUGCAGGAAGGUCAGACGGCGGUGUUCGAAUGUCGGCUUAUACCGAUUAAUGACCCGAAAUUACAAGUUCAGUGGUACUUCAACGACAAGCCGCUGCAGUUCAGCAACCGCAUCAUGGCCACACAGGACUUUGGUUGCAUCCAGCUAGUGCUGAAAGGCGUGAUCGCCAGCGAUAGCGGCGUUUACAUGUGUCGGGCGAUAAACGACCUCGGAGAAUCCGUGAACACCGCCUCACUUGUGGUCGAAGCAAAGGGCAACAUUUUGUCCCAAAGUCAGCAUCCCGAAAGCUACAGGAAGGUGCAGCUAAUCGAAAGCUUGGACAAAUUUCCGAAGCAGGAGAUACCUGAAGCCGUUUUCGACAAGCCCGUCAUCGUCACUUCGUUACAGAACUAUGAAGAUUUGAACGAAGGAGAAACCUUGCACCUAGAAUGCCAAGUGACACCGGUGAACGACCCGAAUCUAUGUGUAGAAUGGUUGCUUAACGGAAAACCGUUGCCCAAAGCAUCAAGGUACAGACUGGGCGAUGACUUUGGAUUUCGCAGUCUUGACAUCGAUGACCUGAAACCGUUGGAUUCCGGCGUGUACACAUGCCGAGUGUCGAACCUGAAAGGUGAGGCGGCGGCGUCGGCUGUCGUCAAGGUGAAAGGCUACGAGUCAGUGUACUUGGAAAGUCAUCACCCGACCAGCUGGCAGAAGAUCCAAGAUAUAGAGAACAAACCGAAGAUGGAAAUAGUGGAGGAGGUGCAGCCGGUGCAGAAACCGCAGAUCAUCGAGACGUUGAAGGACUACGACAAUCUGCCUGAGGGAUCCACGGUUCACCUGGAGGCGUUAUGCCAGCCGGAGAAGGACAAUACGAUGGUUGUGCAGUGGUUCCGCAAUAACCAGCCGAUAAUGGCCAGUCAGUUGGUGAGAACUGACUACGAGCUGGGCGUCGCCACGUUGGACAUCGUCAAGGCGUAUGCGCACCAUUCCGGCAUGUACACGGUCAGACUGCGCAACAGCGCUGGCGAGGCCGCCUCGUCGUGCACCGUCAAGAUCUUGGCCAAGAACGCGGUCGUGUCAGACACCCAGCACGAGUCGAGUUGGCGGAAGAUCCAGACACUGGAGGCCGCCAAACCGGAAGCACCACUCGAACCCGAGAAGGUCUAUCCUCCGCCGCAGUUCACCGCUCAUCUGAACGACGUCACGGUCAUCGAGGGAGAACCGUCGCACUUCGAAUGCCAGGUACGCGGUGUGAAGUACUUUUCGGUUUCAUUUUCACUCGAGGAAGGAAAGGAAAGUUUUGCUUCAUCUUCUUCUUCAAGAAAUUGGCAUUUCAGUGGUGAUCUUUGUUAGAG